AUGUCGGUCAACUGGGUGAUGCUUAAUGAUCGGGAAGGCUUUGUUCGCCUUCCUAAUGAGCAAUCGAUCUACACAUCUCCUCCCCGUACUUCCUUUUCCCUACAGCCGCUUGGUUCCUACAAAGGCAAGGAGACAUUAAACAUCCAAAGCAGCGCCGGCCAUAUCUCCGUCACAAACCAGCGGGUCGUCUACAUUCCAUCGCAGAAAUCAAAGGAGUUUCAAUCAUUUUCCGUUCCCCUGCUCAAUGUGCACGACACGCAUGUUUCGGCUCCAUUCUUCGGCCCAAACCAGUGGAUGGCCCUUGUCCAACCCGUCCCGGGCGGAGGUAUCCCGCCAGCAUUGCCUGCAGUGCAGCUCAAAGUAACCUUCAAAGAAGGAGGGGCAUUUGACUUCCAUAACCACUUCGAACGGAUUAAGGAGCGCCUCCAGCAGGCUGUCGACGUGUCCCAGGAAGGCAGCCGGGGGGCUAGGAACGUUGACAUGUCUGCCGUCCACCUGGACGAGUUACCCGCCUACACUGGGCCGUCACAGGGCCCGACCACAUCUGGGUUGGGUAGUAACCCAAGUGAUCCGUCGCCAAGUUCACAGUCGCCGACAGCUGAUCGAGCCGCCGCCUCAGGCCCCGAACCUAUGGAACCGCCUCCGGGGUAUGAGGAAGUCCAGCAACAGAGCGUAGCACACGAGUUCGAAGAAAGACUACGCCGAGGGAGCUAG